AUGGAGGUCACCCGUCCGGACAACUCGUCCCCACUUUGCCAGGAUCCGUCGGUCGUUUUGCAGUGUCUCAAAUGGCUAUAUCCCUGUGACGACUUUCCGGCGUUGGCUGCUGUCUGCUCGCAGCUUCGAGUGCAAUGCGCACAGGACAUGCUGUGGAAUGCAGUGCUGGAGUAUUGGCCGUCGAUGGACAAAGCAGUCAGUCGAAUCGAGUACAUAGGCUCUCGGCACAGUGGCGCCGCUCGUGUGCGACAUGUCCGAGGCGCCAUGGCUGCCAAUGAGCGUCUCUACCACGCCUUUGCCGAAGGCCGUGCCAAGGCGGAGGCGGUACGAGAUCUCGUGGAUGAAAAAGCUGGAACCGUCAUCCACCCUGGAGGGCAAUGCCUUUCUGGCGCCCUCCAGUUCCAGACCUGGAUGCGGAUUCUAGGCCGUCCGGAGCAGCCAGUCUGCCUCGAGUGCCGCCGACAGGUCUGGCGAAUAGAUGACGCUAUGGCCUUCGUCGUUUGUGCGGAGGACUUCUCAUCAAAUGUCAUGGAGGCAACCAAUGUUUUCAUGCAAAUGCCCUGCGGGUCCUGGCGAAUGAUCCAUCACCAUGGGAGCCCAUCGCAUUGA